GAUACUUCACUGGGCGGCAGUUGGUUCUUUGUGUGCAGCAGGGAACGUGCGUGUUAGGAUCGACAGAUCAUCUCAUCUUCCAACUGCGGAUCGAUAUCUGACCCAAUCACACCGGAUCACCUGUCCGCACUCCCACAGACGCAGUUAACUUCCUGAAUCAUUUCCAUGGCGCAAAGACGAGGACACAUCAGGUACCUGAAGCAGCUGAACAUAUGCAUCAUGUGACUUCACACCUGGGUUUCAGCCAUGAUGUCACCCAGAGGCCAUUGAACAGGUUUUACAAAUAAAACGAUGAGCAGAGGAUCUCAGUCUCACUGACUCAGACUGUAAAUGACAGAAUCGGUGAAAACAAGGCAGUUCCAUCAGAUUUAAACCUGCUCCUGACCAUGUGAUCGGCACGCAUUACCACGGUGAUCUCACAGUGAAAGUGAUGAUGGUGAUGAUGUAAUGACCUCAGGAGCUGUACGAUAACGGGUACGGCGAGCAGAUGAUGGAGGACGAAGACGCGCGCACGAACCUGAUUGUGAACUACCUGCCACAGAGCAUGAGCCAGGACGAGCUACGCAGCCUCUUCAGCAGCGUUGGCGAGGUCGAGUCUGCCAAGCUCAUCCGCGACAAAGUGGCAGGCCACAGUUUAGGUUACGGCUUUGUUAACUUUGUUAACCCUAGUGAUGCAGAGAGGGCUAUCAGUACCCUCAAUGGCCUGAGGCUACAGUCUAAAACUAUCAAGGUUUCAUUUGCACGGCCGAGUUCGGACGCCAUCAAAGAUGCGAACCUGUAUAUCAGUGGUUUGCCACGGACUCUCAGUCAGCAGGACGUGGAGGACAUGUUCUCGCACUACGGUCGCAUCAUCAAUUCUAGAGUGUUAGUGGACCAGGCUUCAGGUCUGUCACGUGGCGUGGCCUUCAUCCGCUUUGAUAAGAGGGCUGAGGCCGAUGACGCUGUCAAACACCUGAACGGACACACGCCUCCCGGCAGCGCUGAGCCAAUCACAGUCAAGUUUGCUGCCAAUCCCAACCAGGCCAGGAACUCCCAGAUGAUGUCACAGAUGUACCACGGCCAAUCACGACGCUUUGGGGGGCCCGUCCAUCACCAGGCACAAAGGUUCCGGUUUUCUCCAAUGAGCACCGACCACAUGAGCGGAGGGGGUGGGGCCUCGGGGAGCUCAUCCUCUGGUUGGUGCAUCUUCAUCUACAACCUGGGCCAGGAAGCUGACGAGGCCAUGCUGUGGCAGAUGUUUGGCCCGUUCGGCGCAGUCUUGAAUGUGAAAGUGAUCCGAGAUUUUAACACCAAUAAGUGCAAAGGCUUUGGCUUUGUUACAAUGGCAAACUACGAGGAAGCUGCCAUGGCGAUCCACAGCCUGAACGGGUACCGCCUGGGGGACAAAGUCCUGCAGGUCUCCUUCAAGACCAGCAAGGGGCACAAAUAGUGGAGGGGGCGAGGCUAAAACUAAUAACAGGUGUUUUUGUUUUUUGUCUGUUUUGUCAGUUUUUCCCAGCAUGCCCUGUUUCUUUAUGUCAGUAAGUAAUUUUUCUGACUGUGUGGGCGUUCAUCCACAAUAAAGGACUGAAACCUGCAGUAUGACUGACAGCUGACUGUCACCAUGGUUAUGAACAUAACUGGAGUUGUAUUGAUUUCUGCAGGUUUACUUUAAAACAUUUGGGGUCAAAGGUUACGGAAACUAAAUCUGCUCUUUUCUGAUUUCAGUAAAACGUUCAAUUGGUUUUAUGUACAGUUUAUGUAAAUGAUGUCAUGGUAACCACUGACAACCGAUUAAAGGAUUAAAAGUUUGGACAGGUAACCUGACGUUAUUACGUCAGGUGAUCAGGUCAGUGUUAGACGAUUAGUUUCAUGUUGUACAGGUGAGGUAGAGGAAUGCACCUGAUGAACAGGUAACUGAUGUGAAGUCGAUUUUCAUUUGUUUUAUUUUUGUAUUGCAGCUUCAUUGUGACAUUUAUUCAGCAAUAAAUCUGUUAUUGUGAAAACUUAA